AUGGCGACGAAAGUGGAUGUGGGGGGUGGGAGGUGGAUGUCAUUGUAUCUGGUCGCAGAAGCACUACAGGGCCCCGUCGACCUUCACCGGACGCCUAGCGAGUCCACCCAACAAAGUCACUUCCCAAGCACCGCUCAAAUGUGCGUGAGCACGUCGAUAUCAGGAAGGAGUGCAAGGGAAUCGAGAUCUGGAAGGAGGUCGACGAUGCCCAACACUGGCAGCAUGUUGUGGAGGGAGGUUGGAGAAGAGGAGGCAUGUGGUGCGGUGGAAGUUGAAGUUGAGAUAUGCUACACAAUUAGGAAGUGGUUAAAAUUGUACUAUCUGAAUGCAGCUUCUGGUCGUGCGGAGAACAUCCCUGCAAGCACUCGGACAUUUAGUGAGAUCCUAAGUGACCUCCAGCGAAGUAAGAUAAGCAUAAAGGACUGGAGCCUCAGUGAUCUCACCAUUGGCCUCUACCUCAUUUACCUCAGCCAAGCAUCCUCAAAAAACGAAGCUUUCAAGGGCGUUCAGAUAUCCUCCAAUAAGAUGGUUCAAGAACUAAUUUAUCACCUUGAACUUGCAAGAGGUUGUUAUAAAGGUAAUGCAACUGGACUUGCAAGGUAUAGCAUGCUUCGGAAGAGAAAUGUUGUAAAGUUUGUGAAAGACUCUAGUAUUUUGAGACCUGGAUAUUACAUUGGCAUUGACCCGCGAGCUAAAUUGGUGAUUCUUGGGAUUCGCGGGACUCAUACAGUCUAUGAUCUUGUUACUGAUUUGAUUGCUCUAAGCGAUAAGAAAGUAUCACCUAAAGGUUUCUCAACACACUUUGGAACAUAUGAGGCAGCUCGUUGGUACCUUCGCCAUGAGCUGGGAAUAAUCAGAAAAUGUUUGGAAAAACACAAGGACUACAAGUUACGGUUGGUAGGUCACUCCCUUGGAGGAGCAUCGGCGGCGUUGCUUGCUAUAAUGCUACGGAAGAAGUCAAAGGAAGAGCUUGGUUUCAGUCCGGACAUUAUCUCUGCUGUUGGAUUUGGAACACCACCUUGCAUAUCAAAGGAAGCUGCUGAAAGUUGUGCGAGCUAUGUCUCUACUGUUGUGCUCCAGGAUGAUAUUAUACCUAGGCUCAGUGCAGCUUCUUUGGCAAGACUACGAAAUGAAAUACUCAAAGCAGAUUGGGUAGGUGUUCUGGAAAAGGAAGACUUGAAGCAUAUAGUGGAUAUCGUGACAAACGCUAAGCUUGUUGUUUCGUCAAUUCAAGAUGUGGCGCGUAAACUUGGUGAUUAUGCUAAAAUUGUACCAGUGUCGACAAAUUCUGGUGUUACCAAAGAUCCAGCUAACUCGACGGAGAUGCUGUCAUCGAAUAGUAGAAAUGAUGUGUUUGUGCCUGAGGAUCUCUUCCUUCCUGGGACUCUGUAUUACCUGCAGAGGGAUAUUGAGGAUAUAAACGGCGUUGAAGAUGAGUCAUACACACUCUGGGAAGGUGAUCCAGGGGAAAAUUUUCAGAGGAUAUUGCUGUCUGGUAAUUUGAUAUCAGAUCACAGAUGCGAAAGCAUAUAUUAUGCUCUGAGAGAUGUGCUCAAGACACUGCCCCCACCCCAGGCCCAGGAUGAAUGA